AUGAAUGGAACAGAGGGUCCAAAUUUCUAUGUGCCCAUGUCCAACAAGACAGGGAUAGUACGGAGUCCAUUUGAGUAUCCUCAGUACUACCUCGCUGACCCAUGGAAGUUCUCUGCACUGUCUGCUUACAUGUUUCUGCUGAUUCUCCUUGGCUUCCCUGUCAACUUCCUGACUCUGUAUGUCACCAUCCAACACAAGAAACUCCGGACACCCCUCAACUACAUCCUUUUGAACCUGGCCUUUGCUAACCUCUUCAUGAUCUUUGGAGGAUUCACCACCACCAUGUACACCUCAAUGCAUGGUUAUUUUAUCUUUGGGACAACAGGCUGCAACGUUGAAGGUUUCUUUGCUACACUGGGUGGUGAAAUAGCUCUGUGGUCCCUAGUAGUCUUGGCCAUUGAAAGAUACGUGGUUGUCUGCAAGCCCAUGAGCAACUUCCGAUUUAGUGAGACCCAUGCCCUCAUGGGUGUCAUUUUCACCUGGGUCAUGGCCCUGGCCUGUGCUGCUCCUCCACUAUUUGGAUGGUCUAGGUACAUCCCAGAGGGUUUGCAGUGCUCAUGUGGAAUUGAUUAUUACACUCUGAAACCUGAGGUCCACAAUGAAUCUUUUGUCAUCUACAUGUUUGUGGUUCACUUCCUCAUUCCACUGAUCAUCAUUUCCUUCUGUUAUGGGCGCCUGGUCUGCACUGUUAAAGAGGCUGCCGCUCAGCAACAGGAAUCUGCCACCACCCAGAAAGCCGAAAGAGAAGUUACUCGCAUGGUCAUCAUCAUGGUUAUUUCCUUCCUCAUUUGCUGGGUCCCCUAUGCCAGCGUAGCUUUCUACAUUUUCACCCACCAGGGAUCUGACUUUGGCCCUGUCUUCAUGACUAUCCCAGCUUUCUUCGCUAAGAGCUCUGCUAUCUACAACCCAGUGAUUUACAUUGUAAUGAACAAACAGUUCCGUAACUGCAUGAUCACCACCAUUUGCUGUGGAAAGAACCUGCUGGGUGAUGACGACGCUUCUGCUGGCACCAAGACAGAGACUUCUUCAGUCUCCACCAGCCAGGUUUCUCCUGCAUAG